UUUCAAGAAAUCUAAGUGUGUUGUAAUUGUUUGUGUUAUAUUUGGUAUCAUAGUCUGCCUACAAUUGAGAAAUAGCAGUAUCAGUAUUUAUUAUCCUGGCUUUAAGCAAUGUGGGUUCCGGUCUUACUAGCGUGCAGUAUAUGGGGAAAUGCUUUGUCGCAAGAUAAUAAUGCGAACAGCCUCCCAGUUUCGAGGGCGCAGUGGGGCUGGCAGAUGAGUCAAACGGGACCCGGCACUAUCGGGCAUUACUUCGUUAGAUUACCAGAGUCAGAACAACAAGUGCACUACGUAGCCGAUGGCAGCGGCUACCACGGGACUGUCGCUGUUACAACCAGUGACCAGCAACAUGUACAUACCACCAACUUUGCACUGGGAGAGCGAGCUAUUGAACUGAAUUCUCAGGUGCCAAAUACAAAUCAAAAUACAGCAAACAAUGGAAGUCAAUUAAACGGAAAUAACCGUCAACAAUUACAAUCUCCCGUUGAUAUAUAUCUUCUUCAACAACAAUACCCUAUGCAAGGUCAAAUUGUUCAAAUAACGCCUAACACUCCACAAAACUUUUUACAAUUCACAUCCUUACCUAACUUUUACUAUACCGCAAACACAUCACCUAAACAAAUUUAUUACAAUGAAAAUAUAGAUCACAGAGCAAAUAACAAAGAUAAUUCUCAAAUUUCAAAUGAAAAUACAAUAAAUAAAUCGAUAGAUGAAGCGAAUGAUGAAAUUAUAGAAACUAAAGAAAACGGACCAGUUGUACGCGUCUUUAAAGAUCACAACUGUCCAAACGAUGAUAAUAAAGAAACACAUGUGAGUAAAUUACAAAAGACAUCAGAUAUAAUUGCACACGUACCUACUUAUAAGGAACAUAACGUUCACAGUAAUUUCGGAGUACGAGACAGACCAACAUAUCAACGUGAUUCCAAUUACAAUGUAAAUUCAAACGAUAGGAGUCAAAGGUUCUAUUACUCUACUGAAAUAAGCCAUCCCACGACAGACAAACCUAUUUCUUAUACAGCACAUGAAGGUAUUUCGAGGUUAGUAGCUUCGACACAGGAUUUGAUAUCAAAUGAAGAUCUUUUAAGAAUAAAUCACGCAGCCGAAAGAACAGUUAAUAGUCAUUCUGAUGAUAUCAUAAAACCUAAACGUCGUACUAAUUCAAGAACGUUAAACUUUAACUACUACCGCCCUGAAGAAAAUCCUAGAAAUAGAAUAACAGUGUCAGCCAAGUAUGGAAACAUUGAAGAAAGCAAGUUAAACCAACCACAAAUAGUUAGAGAACAAAAUUUUCAAACGGAAACUAAUGAAUAUAAGUUCGCUUCGCCAAUCGUUGUUGACGAUACCAAUUAUGGUAGUUAUAAGCAGCGAAUAGUGAACAAUUUGAUGUCAACAAUGGUACCAUAUAUCGAGAAUGGCUACGAAAUUAUUGAUGUCAGAAAUAAUAUCGGUGAGAACAAUACUUAUUCCGAAGAGAAUAAAUCCGACGAAGAUUUGGUUAAUAUAACGCCACGGCCAAUAAGUCAAAAGUACUUAGCACCAAUCACCGUUGCUUUAAGAUUGUUUAACUCAAAUGACACUAAUAUAUUUAACUCUGUUGAUGAUCAUGAAACUUCUGAUAGCGAAUUCAUUGAAAAUAAAGUUAAAAAUCCCCGACAAGAUAAAACGAUUGUGGAAAUACAAGAGUCAAUACCUGUAGAAAUUACUCAUAUAAAUGAGGUGGAAUAUCAUGAAUAUUUAGAUGAAGGGAGAAGCAAUCAAGAAAAUCCAUUGGGACUAGUAAAAUCUUUGUAUCAAAAAUAUUUAGACUCAUUGGACGCAUCAAGAAAUAAUCAAAAUACCUACCAAAAUACCAAUAGUCAACAAAAUGAUUACAAUGAAAACAAUAAUCAAGAAUCUCAAGAACCUUCAGAAUCUAGCGAGAAUAAGCCAACCGAAGUUCAAGAACAAGCGAGUUCGGAUAACAGAAAUUCAUAUGCAAAUUAUUACAACACAGAUAAUAAAAUCAUUCAACCGAUCAUUAUUGAAAAACAAGUACCGGUAACAACGUACGUAGACCGUUUUUUUGAAAAGAAAGUACCGUAUCCAGAACCGGUUGAGGUUGUUAAGCAAGUGCCAGUAGAUCGGCCGGUACCCGUGCCAGUGCAUUAUGAGACAAUAGUUGAGAAACCAGUAGAAGUAACUAGAUAUGUUGACAAACCUUUCCCUGUUGAAGUUUUAAAACCCUAUCCAGUUGAAGUCAGAGUGCCAUAUCCAGUGGAACACAAGGUUUAUGUGGAUCGUCCAGUACAUGUUCCGUAUCCAGUUGAGAAAGUUGUCGAAAAACAGUUAAUCCAUCAUAUACCUGUGCCAACUCCGAUUGGGAUUCCAGUCGGAAUCCAUGUUCCAGUUGAAAAAAAAGUAUUAUAUCCAGUAGCGGUUGAAACUCCAGUACCCGUUGCUAUUCCAAUUGAAAAACCUGUGCCGUAUGAGAAAAUUGUAGAAAAAGAGGUCCCAGUGCCCUAUCCCGUGGAGAAAAAAGUUCCGUAUCCUGUCAGGCAUGAAGUAAAGGUUCCAGUUCCGUAUCCGGUGGAGAAAAGGGUGCCGUAUCCCGUUGAAAAAAUUGUCGAAAAACCAGUAACUGUGACGAAAGUGGUUGAAAAGCACAUAAAAGUACCUGUACCUCAUCCAGUCCGAGUGGAAGUACCGAGACCUUAUCCAGUUGAUCGGAUAGUCGAAAAAAAGGUGCCUUAUCCUGUCCAUGUUGAUCGAAUCGUUGAAAGAAAAGUGCCAGUCCAAGUACCCUAUCCGGUAAAGACAGUUGUAGAGAAAAUCGUUGAAAAGCCAGUAGUUGUUACAAAGUACAUCGAUAAACCGUACCCUGUAGAAAAACGCGUCCCAUAUCCAGUUGAAAAAAUUGUAGAAAGAAAAGUUCCAUACUCUGUUCAUGUACCAGUGGAAGUCAAAGUACCUUAUGUUGUUGAAAGAAACACACAAAAACCGCCGGAACCUUACCAAUUCGAAAAAGUCGAACCAACAACACUUUAUAGUUACGGCAUCACUCAAGAAGCUCUUUCAAACGUAGCGAAUUAUUUAAGACAUCAGCAGGAACAAUAUAAGCAGCCCAUCCCAAAUUACUUAAAGAGUAACAUCGAUAAUUUCGGUACACAGCAACAAGCUGAAUCACAGCGAAAUUAUCAAAUACAACUCGCGAACGCUCAGCUUUUGAAAAAUCUCCAAAACGCAACACCCGUUCACUCAACGCACUGGAGUGAUCAAUACGCUUCAUCAUAUAACUAUUUGAAUUCUACCACCGAUUCUAAAAACCCUUCAAGGACUAACAGCAGAGAUAAUUUUAAAUAUUACGGUCCACCACCGCUGAAGAAUUACAAUAAUGAAUGGGAAAAUAACAAGGACUACUCAGAGAGGAUCAGAAGGACAGACAGAACACCCAAAAUGACAAACUUGAGGAUAGAAUACGGAGGGUUCAAGCCUCCGUUAAUUCCAAGCACAGAGGUUGAUUUAGACGGUGUGCCCAUUAAUAAAAAAGAAUAA